AUGCUUCUGAAGUGGUAUAUCGUUGCGAAUUCCCGGAUUCUCAUUCAACACGAUAUCGUCAUGAUUCAUUUCGUCGCGAUGUCAAAUACCAACGUCAUCGUUAACAUUCUAAAUCCUCUCGAAUCAGCAGAAAAGUCAUCUGUGACCGUUAUAUUUUUCUUUAUCCCAGUUAUCAGUAUUAUUGUUAUUAUUUUCACUGGUUAUCAAAGUCAAGUCUUCAAUAAUAUCAUAAUGCUCGCAUUAGCAAUUCAUGGAAUUGAAUCCACAUUGAUUAUGGUUGUUGCUCAUAAACCAUAUCGAAAAUUCAUGUUCUUGCCGUUCUAUGGAAAACGAAAAAAGACUGCAACUACUGUUGUCUCAAUUAUUCCAUCUUUGAGGCUUGUCGGAGAUGCUUGA